AACAUGAUAUGGUUAAUGUCUCCCUCCAGUACUGCGGCAAAGCUCAAACCGCCGAGGAAAUGGUAGCAUCAAUGGCAGCAAUUCGCCUUCAUUUCAUCGCACAAUCGUUAUGAACCCUUUAGGGUUUAUACUUAUCUCCUCGAAAGAGACAAACCCAUCUUCGAGAUAAGGACGAAGAACGAGAGGAAGAUAAAAAUCAUGUCUCCGACAGAGAAUCCGUCUCCAUUGAUGACCGAAGAAGAAGAACCAGGCAUCGAAGACCUCGACCUCGAGCCCGAGGACUUCGGACCCUCCGUGCCAUUGCGGAAGGUCCCCAACGGCGACGUUUUCGAGGCCUCACGCGCCGGCGACCUCGACCGCCUCCGGUACCUCCUCGAGACCGGGGUCAACGUCAACGCUCGUGACCGGUGGGACUCCGUCGCUCUCUACUACGCUUGCCUUGCCGGUCAUAUCGCCGCCGCUCGUCUGCUCCUCGAGAGCGGCGCGAUUUGCUCCGAGCACACCUUCGAUGGCGAUCGCUGCCACUACGCGGCGCUUAACCUUAGGAUUCGUAAGCUUCUCAAGGCUUUCGAGGCUCGUCCGCCUCCGCUCGGUCCGUUGCAGGGCUGUCUGAGAGAAACGUUUUUAGGGUGUCUGAACAAUCGGGCUUAUCUGGAUCAAGCCGCUGAUGCCAAUAUCCAGAUUUCAGUGUCGGUAUGUCCACCCAGUGAGAUGGCCAGUUCGAAUCACUUCCCACCCGAUGUGGUGUUCUUCGUUCAAGGCAGACCCAUCGAAGCCCACAGAAUUAUUCUGAGUGCGAGAUCUCCGUUUUUCAAGAAGAAGUUCGAGACUGAUUGGAGAGACCGGAAAGAAGUCAGAUUCUCGAAAGAGAAGCUCUCGUAUUCCGCUCUCUAUAGCCUUAUCCACUUCUUCUACUCUGAUAGGCUGGAAAUAUCGGUUGACGACAUGGAAGAUCUCGUGAGGAUCUGCAAAGUUUGUAAAUGCGAAUCAUUACAAAAGAUCCUGGAGAAAGAACUGAUUCACCAGAAAUAUGCCGAGUACAAGACACAUAGAGAUCUUGAUAACUCUCAGAAACGGUUCAUCUUACAGGGUGUGUCCCUUCCCGAUCAAGACAGGCUUCCAGCUUCCUUGCAUAGGAUUCUUCAAGUUUCGCUCGCGAAAUCGAGUUUUGAUUUUGAAACCCAUCCAGAUAAUAUUGGGGCUUUGAGAAUCAGCGAUUCUGUGGAAGAUCUUGCUGAUGUUUGCGUUAAAGUUGAUAAACGGAUUUUCCGGUGCCAUCAAGUCAUUCUAGCAUCAAGAUCAGAGUAUUUUAGAGCGAGACUAUCCCGUGUGAACGAUUUCCACGAGGGGAAAAAGGGUUUACCGGGUCAUUGCCUACCAUUUCUCGAAGAACAUGAUCUGAGCGCAGAGGCUUUCGAGAAAAUGAUCGAGUACAUGUACACUGAUGGCUUGAAGGAGAUCCACCCAAAUCAGGCGGAGGAAAUUUUCGAUGCUUCGUCUCGCUACUUGUUGUUUCCUCUUAAACGAGCCGUGGCUGAUGCCUUGUUGCCUCACCUCGAAACCGCCACUCCUUCGGAACUCUGCCAUUGGCUGAUAUCUUCAGAUAUGUACGGUGUAUUGAAGAUAAGAGAGUACUGCCUUGACCUGAUGGCUUGUAAUUUCGAGGCAUUUGCUGAGACACGUGAGUUCAGGGCCAUGCUUUUGACGUUGCCUCCACCGUCGGGGGACUCUUCGCUCCGGACAACUGCCCCGAGUGCGCCGGGAGCUAUGAUGAACGCAGACCAAGGGAAUCUGCUCGAUGAUCUGAGGGAGAAGUGGCUUGAAGCCGAGGGAGCAGAGCUCGACGAGAGAGACGAGAGCGCUUUGAUUUUCGAUAGACGUCUCGAGAUGCUCAUGGAAAUGGCGGAACACGAAAAGCCCGGGUCAGAGUCCGAGGAAUAGAAAGGAAUCCGCUGCAUUGGUCGCCGUUUCCCCGGCGAGUUUGAGGCUAUUGAAGAUCGAAGAGUUUCGAGUCUUUUUAAUACAUUUUUCGUAGGGUUACACAAGAAAAACCUCAGAACUUUGGCUUAAGCAAGUAUCCUUAAACCAAUGAUCAAUAAUACACUCGGGUUUCUAUGCUU